AUGGGUAUUGGGGACAAGUUCUUCGGCCUACGUGGCAAAAAGCUAGGAUGGAUGAUCGGCUUCUGUGCUGGCAUGGACUUUCUGCUGUUCGGUUAUGAUCAAGGUGUAAUGGGUGGUAUCCUGACGCUGAGGAUUUUCUUGGACCAGUUCCCUGAAAUUGACCCGGAUACGGCCACAAAUGCCGCUGAGUCGAGUACUCGUGCCACACACCAAGGCAUCUCGAUCGCAAGCUAUAACCUCGGUUGCUUCUUCGGCGCCAUCCUUGCCAUCUUCAUCGGAAACCCCUUGGGUCGCAAGCGUAUGAUCAUCCUCGGCACGGCCAUCAUGGUUGUCGGCGCCGCUCUGCAGGCUUCAGCCUUUGGCAUCGCCCACCUGAUUGUUGGUCGCAUCAUCACCGGUCUCGGCAACGGCAUCAACACGUCGACGGUGCCCACGUGGCAAUCAGAGACGUCAAGUUCCCACAAACGCGGGAAGAUGGUCAUGUUCGAGGGUGCUCUUAUCACCGCUGGUAUCAUGAUUAGUUACUGGAUUGACCUUGGGUUCAGCUUCGCUGCUGGUAGUGUCGCUUGGCGUUUCCCUCUGGCCUUCCAGAUCUUCUUCUGCAUUCUCAUUCUUGCCACUGUCUGGAAGCUUCCUGAGUCGCCCCGGUGGCUCAUGCUCAAGGGCCGCGAGCAUGAUGCAAGGGAGGUGAUCUCAGCGCUGGCUGAUCUUCCCAUGGAUCACCAGUUUGUCGAGAACGAAUUUACGUCCAUUAAGGAGACUGUCGCUGAGAUGUCCAAGGGUUCCUUCAAGGACUUGUUUUCCAACGACGAGAACCGCCAUUUGCACCGUGUUGUUCUGGCCUACGUCAACCAGAUGUUCCAGCAGAUCAGCGGCAUCAACCUCAUCACCUACUACGCAGCGGUUAUUUACAGCGGACUCGGCAUGUCGCCUUUCAUGUCCCGCCUUCUAGCAGCUCUCAACGGAACUGAGUACUUCCUCGCUUCGCUGCCUCCAAUCUGGCUCGUCGAGCGCGUCGGUCGCCGCAAGCUCAUGCUUUUCGGCGCAGCAGGCCAGGCCGCGACCAUGGCCAUCCUGACGGGCGUCAACUCACAGGACGGCACCGCGUUCAAGAUUACCGGAAUCGUGUUCCUCUUCAUCUUCAACACCUUCUUCGCCAUCGGCUGGCUCGGCAUGACGUGGCUCUACCCGGCCGAGAUUGUGCCGCUGCGCAUCCGCGCGCCCGCCAACGGCUUCAGCACGUCGGCCAACUGGAUCUGGAACUUCAUGGUCGUCAUGAUCACGCCUGUCAGCUUCAACGACAUUGGACACUACACGUACCUCAUCUUCGCCGUCAUCAACGCCAUCAUCGUGCCCGUCGUCUACUUCUUCUACCCUGAGACGGCCUACCGCUCGCUCGAGGAGAUGGACGCCAUCUUUCAAAAGGCUAAGGGCGCCGCUGGCUGGUUCUCCGUCGUCAAGAUUGCGCACGACGAGCCGAGGCGCUAUGGCAAGAAUGGCGAGCUGCUGAUCGAUCACGACGACGCUGAGGAGAAGGGCCGCCACAUGCACCACUCGGUCGACGGCAGCGAUUCGCGGUCCGCCGACGGCAUGUUCAACCGCGUGGACGACGAGCGCAAGCGCAGCGAGAACUAG